AUGUUGCGUUCUGCCCUUAAAUCUAACACUAGAAGCGGUUUGAAAUUGGCUUCAAGUCAAAGAUGGAACUCUUCAUCUACAUCUGCUUUGGCUUAUAAGAAAUUGCACAAGAAAAGGGUGAACCCUCCUUUACCAACAAUCGAGAACCCUGAAUGGAAUGCUAAUGCUGCGGUCUCUUCCAUUUUAUAUGAAACUCCAACUCCAUCUCGUCAACCAAGAAAACAACAUGUUUUGAAUUGUUUGGUUCAAAACGAACCAGGGGUCUUAGCAAGAGUAUCUAGUACUCUUGCUGCUAGAGGUUUCAAUAUCGAUUCAUUAGUCGUUUGUAACACAGAAGUCAAAGAUUUAAGUAGAAUGACCAUUGUCUUACAAGGUCAGGACGGUGUUAUCGAACAGGCAAGAAGACAAUUGGAGGAUCAAGUCCCUGUCUAUGCAGUUUUGGACUACACUCAUGCAGAGAUCGUAAAGAGAGAGUUGGUCCUUGCAAGAAUCUCAUUGAUGGGUAGUGAAUAUUUCCAAGAUUUAUUAAUCCAACAUAAGCAAACUGUUUCAGAAGUGGAAAAAACCAAUGAGGAAUUGGUCACUGAAAUUAGAGAAAAGACUUUCCAUCCAACUAACUUACCUCCAAGUGAGAUUUUGAGAUUGAAACAUGAGCAUUUAAAUGAUAUUUCUAACUUGGCCAAAAAUUUUGGUGCUAAAGUUGUCGAUAUUAGUGAAACUAAUUGUAUCGUUGAAAUUGCUGCUAAACCAACUCGUGUUUCAGCAUUCUUAAAAUUAUUGGAACCAUUUGGUAUCUUAGAAUGUGCUAGAUCCGGGAUGAUGGCUUUGCCAAGAACUCCAUUAAAGAAUGAUCAUGAUUAUGAAGAUAUUGCCACUGAGGAAAAAAUCAACGAAAUUGUUGAUAUUUCAAAACUACCUCCGGGUUAA